GCUGACAACGUCAGGGGGCGGGGCCCACGCCUGACUGGGGCAGCAUGCCGCCGCCCGGCCCCCUGCGAGCGGCCCUGUGGAGGAGUAGCGCCAUGAACUGGAGCCUUUUGGAACCGCGGCCCCCGGGGAAGCGGUGGCUGGUGGCCGGCCUGGGAAAUCCUGGACUGCCCAGCACGCGGCACAGCGUGGGCUUGGCGGUGCUGGGGCAGCUGGCACGGCGGCUGGGGGUGGCAGACGGCUGGGCACGGGACCGGCGCUGCGCCGCCGACCUCGCCCUGGCCGCGCUCGAUGAUGCCCAGCUGGUCCUGCUUCGGCCCCGGCGGCUCAUGAACGCCAACGGGCGCAGCGUGGCCCGGGCGGCGGAGCUGUUUGGGCUGACUGCUGAGGAGGUCUACCUGGUGCACGAUGAGCUGGACAAGCCCCUGGGGAAACUGGCCCUGAAGCUGGGAGGAAGCUCCAGGGGCCACAACGGAGUCCGUUCCUGCAUUAGCUGUCUCAAUUCCAGUGCAAUGCCGAGGCUGCGGGUGGGCAUCGGGCGCCCGACAGAGCCUGAUACAGUGAAGGCCUACGUGCUAGGCUGUUUCUCCGCCGCUGAGCAGGAACUGCUGCCUCCAUUGCUGGAGCGAGCUACUGACCUGCUCCUGGACCACAUCCGUGAGCGAAGCCAGGGCUUGUCGUCAGGCUUUAACAUCCAUGAACACAUGCCUGCCUGACCACCACGCCCACACACCCAGCCCCGUUUACAGAGGUGCCAUGCCAACCUGUGGUAUCCACUUUUUAUAGAACUCUUCUCUGGGCUGCCUCAGGCUGCCUAUAGAUUGAAGAGGGGACUGUGGCUGCAAUGAUCCACUUCUGGGGUGGGGAUUAGUCUUCUCUCUGUGUCUUACUUGGAAAGUGGAGAAACUUCAGGAAGAGUAAACUUUUUGAGCCUUU